UGGAGGCUUAUAUUUAUUGGCGUGACCCGAAAUUAUCGGGCAUCAUCUUCGGCAGUGGCUUGGUGCUGUUGUUAUCUUUGGCCUAUUUCUCGUUGAUCAGCGUGGUCGCCAACGCCGGUCUAGCUAUUUUAACAUGCGCCAUCGUAUUUCGUAUCUACAAAGACAUCAUGCAAGCUGUGCAGAAAACACCGCAAACGCAUCCGUACAGUCAGCCAGACGUAGUUGUUUCAGCUUACAGUCUUAUCAGUAAUUUCGUGGUGACUCAGAAUUUGGUGGUGUUGCAAAAAAAUAUUACAGUUCGAAGGGUGAUGCUUUUACGAAAGACAUUUCAGGAUUAA